AUGUCGGCCUACAAGCUUCUCCUGGCUGCCUUCGCGGCCACGGCUCUCGCUGCCCCUGUUGAGGAGCGACAGUCUUGCAGCAACGGAGUCUGGUCUCAAUGUGGCGGUCAAAACUGGAGCGGCACUCCUUGCUGCACCAGCGGAAACAAGUGUGUCAAGGUCAACGACUACUACUCACAGUGCCAGCCUGGAUCUGCGGACCCUUCCUCAACCAGCACCAUUGCCAGCGCCACCACCACCAAGGCUACCACCACUACCACCGGCACUGGCGGCACUGUUACCGACCCUCCUGUGGCCAGCGGAAACCCUUACUCUGGUGUCGAUCUCUGGGCCAACAACUACUACAAGUCUGAAGUCAGCACCCUUGCUAUCCCCAAGCUGAGCGGUGCCAUGGCUACCGCUGCUGCCAAGGUUGCCAAUGUUCCCUCUUUCCAGUGGAUGGACACCUUCGAGCAUAUCAGCCUGAUGGAGGACACCCUCGCUGACAUCGCCAAGGCUAACAAGGCUGGUGCCAACUACGCCGGUCAGUUUGUUGUCUACGAUCUUCCUGAGCGUGACUGCGCUGCCGCUGCUUCCAACGGAGAAUACUCCCUUGACAACGACGGCAAGAACAAGUACAAGGCCUACAUUGCCAAGAUAAAGGGCAUUCUUCAGAAGUACUCUGACAUCCGUACCAUCCUCGUCAUUGAGCCUGACUCCCUUGCCAACUUGGUCACCAACCUUAGCACUGCUAAGUGUGCCAAGGCCGAGGCUGCCUACAAGGAGCUCACCAUCUACGCCGUCAAGGAGCUUAACCUACCCCAUGUCACCAUGUACCUUGAUGCUGGUCACGGUGGCUGGCUCGGAUGGCCCGCCAACCUUCCCCCUGCCGCCACGCUGUACGCCAGCAUCUACAAGGACGCUGGCAAGCCUUCCAGACUCCGAGGUCUCGUCACCAACGUCGCCAACUACAACGCCUGGCAGCUUACCAGCAAGCCCGACUACACCGAGAGCAACCCCAAUUACGACGAGCAGAAGUACAUCCACGCCCUGUCUCCUCUCCUCGAGCAGGAGGGCUGGUCCGGCGCCAAGUUCCUCAUCGACCAGGGCCGCUCCGGUAAGCAGCCUACGGGCCAAAAGGCUUGGGGAGACUGGUGCAACGCCAAGGGAACUGGUUUCGGACUUCGACCUAGCCCCAACACUGGUGAUGCCCUCGCAGAUGCCUUUGUCUGGGUCAAGCCCGGUGGUGAGUCUGACGGUACAUCUGACACCAGCGCUGCUCGCUACGACUACCACUGUGGAUACGACGAUGCUGUCAAGCCCGCUCCUGAGGCUGGAACUUGGUUCCAAGCUUACUUCGAGCAGCUUCUCACCAACGCCAACCCCUCUUUCUUGUAA